AUGACCUCACCUACCGCCCCGACCAAGCGCUCGACUUCCCCGCCGUCGUUUGCAACGACAACGAACGGUUUAAGCCAGCCGGCACAAACGCAGCAGCUGCAGGCCGCCCAGCCGCCCAAGACGGUCCAAAGAGCUCCCAGACCGCCCCCGCGGUCAAACUUUGACCUCGAGCCGAACCCGUUUGAACACUCGUUUUCAUCCACGUCUGCAGUUUCCCACUCGUCGGCCACGGACACGCCAAAGCAUGACACAGACGGCUCUGCCAAUGCCCUGAAUCAUGCCACAAAGUCUGGGAUGACAAAUGGAAACCAAAAGGACGCGGCAGACGAUGCAAAGCCGAUGCUCCCGCCGCUAGCAGCACUCGAGAGCCCUGCCGAUCAAGGCUUUGGCGCAUGGGGACUCGCCUCGUCGUUGCGUUCUGGCCCACUUUCGCCAGCGAUGCUCGCCGGCCCCGCGUCGCAGCAGACACCUUCUCUCGGCCUGGGAGCAUUCGAUAGCUCGUUUGUGCGCACAGGACUCACUCCCGACGUCAGCAGGACCGGGCUUACCCCGCUGAUUGGUGGCCCAGGUGGUUAUCCACCCCCUUCCCCCAACACGGCUGCCCUCUUCGCGUUGGUGAACGGCGCAUCUUCUGGUUCGAAUGUUGCUAUCACCCCUGGCACCCUUAACGCCAUUACGGGAGCGCUCAAUCAAUCUCUUAAUGCCAUUCAUCAACCCACUUCCAUGACCCUGGAGGCACAGAACCAGCCCCUGAUGGAUGCCGCGCACCAGCAAUCGAUGAAUCAACAGAAUCAGUUCGUGGCGCCCCAGCAAGAGACAUAUUCAUCCCACGAUAGUGCAUCACAUGCCAUCUCCAACGCCGCCUCGGCCCUCUAUUUGCUCUCCCAACAGCAAGGCAUGCAGCGUCAACAGAACCAGGUAAACCCAUCGGCCGUUUCUGGCCAGCCCCAACGAACCAAUACGAGUCAAAGCCCCACCUCUUCGGCUGCCCCUUUACCCACCCGACGCGCAACUAAACGCAAGACCACGGAUACUCCGGUGGCCCCGGCACCUCGUGGCAAAAAGGCAAAGGGAUCUUCCGGUGGUGUUGCAACUCGCGGCGCUAGCCGUCGAAGGUCAAGCAAGGUGGACGACCAAGACGACGACCAAGACGAAGACGAUGAAGAUGAUGAUGACGAUGAUGCGUAUAUGGAAGGGAAUCAGCCUAUCAGCAUUGCUGCAAACGGUCGGACGAACAGCACUGCUGGCAAGGCCGCCAGCAAAAAGCCGGAGACGGAGGAGGAAAAGCGUCGAAACUUUUUGGAGCGCAACCGUCAAGCUGCAUUGAAAUGCCGUCAGCGCAAAAAGGCUUGGCUUCAGGCUUUGCAGGCCAAAGUCGAAUUCUUGUCGGUAGAAAACGAGCGACUGUCCAAAGCUCUCGUCGCGUCUCGUGAAGAGAUUGCUCGCUUGAGCCAGGCUGUCGUUGCUCGAGGUGGAGCACCGUCGGCGCUCCUCAAUACCGAUUUGGGUGUCGAGGUAUCACCCAAUGGCGUCGAACGUGCUCGUUCGGAUUCGAGUGCUAGCACGACGGCGGGCCAGGCCAUUCACGUAAAUGUCUCCCUUCCCGGCACCAACAAUGCCGCACCUCCCAAUAUGGCAACCGGCCUUGGACAUGCACACUCGCAUUCACAGGGUGUCUUGCAACACGGCCAAGGGCAGGUUAUGGGCCACGGACGAUCCCAUAGUCACGGACAUGUCAUGCCAACUCAGAACGGCGUGACCGUUGGCGGUCGUGGAUAUGGAUAUUGA